UUUAGUUUCCUCAGUUUGUUUUAGAGAUGCUGCGCCUACUGAUCUUGCUGGGAUUUUGCAUCCUGGGCUGCCAGGCAGCCUGCAACACUUGCUCCUCCACCAGUCAAGUGGCCUGUGUUUCGGAGACGGAGUUCCAGUUCUGUUCCUCCGCACUGGUGGCCAUCGGAGAUCUUUACACCUGUCCCACAGGAUACUACUGCACCUCCGGGUCAACAGUUUGCAGCGCCGAUGAAACCGCGAUAGCUUGUUCGGAUUGUAAUAAGUGCAGUGCUGACAAUCGAUUCGCCUGCACCGGUAGAAAUACUUUUGCCUUGUGUCUGGGAUCUACAACUCCGAAUACUGUGAUGGGUGGAAAUUGCGGGGAUUAUGUGUGCAAUUUGAAUAAUGAAAAUAUCUGUGGCAGUCCCACCGCGUAUCCAGUAUCCUGUGUGGGAUCAGGUUCGGGAGACUGCGCAUCUACUACCAUCACAAAUGCCACCGAGUAUUGUCAAUCACUAAAGGAAACUGGAAGAUUUCCAUAUGGGGGAGUUACUGCAACCACCUGCAGGCAAUAUGUUAACUGUUAUGUAUCUGCUGGGAUUUUCUAUGGAAAUGUAUACACCUGCCCUGGACAAACCUACUUCGACAGCACUUCUCGCCUUUGCACAACCCAAACUCAGGCCAGAUGCUCAGAUACAGUAUCUUGUCUAACUCUAAAUGGCCGGAGGUUGCUUUGAAGUUAAGACUGCAAGGGCUUUGUAUAUCUCUAUUAUCGUUAUCAUCGCAGGGAAAGGGAACCUUAAGCAAAUAAACUAAAUGCACUUUA